AUGGGUAGCACAGGAAGCUAUGGCCCUGCAUCUGAGCCAAUCGCUAUAGUCGGUCUCAGUUGUAAGUUGGCCGGGGAGGCUAGCAGUGCUGAUCGGUUCUGGGAGAUGCUGGCCGCAGGUAGGAGCGCAUGGAGUGAGAUACCUCCUUCCCGGUUCAACUUGAGAGGUGCAUAUCAUCCUAAGUUCGACAAGCUCAACACACUCAAUAUCCGCGGUGGACAUUUCCUCGAACAAGAUCUUGCUUUAUUUGAUGCUCCAUUUUUUAGUCUCUCUGCCGAAGCAGCAUCCUCAAUGGAUCCUCAGAUCCGCCUUCAAUUGGAGUCUGUAUAUGAAGCGUUGGAAAAUGCUGGAUUUACGUUGCCAGAGGUAGCUGGUACAAAUACUGCUGUGUAUGCUGCCAUGUUCGGGCGAGAUUACCACGACGGAAUUAUUCGAGACGAGGACAACCUGCCACGAUUUUUGGCAACCGGUACCGGAGACGCCAUGUUGUCUAACCGUGUCUCUCACUUUUACGAUCUAAGAGGGCCCAGCUUCACCCUCGAUACAGGCUGUUCCGGCGGCCUUGUUGCACUUCAUCAGGGUGUUCAGACCCUGCGUACUCGCGAAACCAACAUGGCUCUCAUCUGUGCCUCCAACCUUUAUUUGAACCCAGACGUCUUUAAAUCCAUGGGAUCCCUAGGGCUGGUUUCACCCGAUGGCAAGUCAUAUACCUUUGACUCGCGUGCCAAUGGUUACGGCCGAGGAGAGGGGAUUGCAACAGUAGUUAUCAAGCGCUUGUCUGAUGCGAUCGCUGCGCGAGACCCAAUAAGAGCGGUAAUACGCGAAUCCGCCUUGAAUCAGGACGGAAAGACAGAGACGAUCACAACACCUUGCGAAGAGGCGCAAGUGGCUUUGAUGCGCGAUUGCUACCGUCGCGCAGGCCUAGAUUUGAGAGAUACCCAGUAUUUCGAAGCACACGGAACAGGAACACUAACAGGUGACCCUAUUGAGUGCCGCGCCAUCGCUACGGUUUUCAAAGAAUAUCGAGGCCCGGAUGACCCUCUGCGUAUUGGUAGCGUCAAAACAAACGUUGGACACACUGAGCCGACAAGUGGGUUGGCGAGCUUGAUCAAAGUGGUUUUGGCGUUAGAAAAGCGAAAGAUCCCACCGAGUGUGAACUUUGUGAAACCGAAUCCGAGUCUAGCACUGGAUGACUGGCGUCUUCGAGUGGUGACUGAAUUGGAAGAUUGGCCGGAGGGCUCUGGUGGUAUUCGGAGGGCCUCGAUCAACAACUUCGGAUAUGGCGGUACAAAUGCACAUCUUAUUGUUGAAAGCCCGACCCCGUGGGAACCACUCUCACUUGCGAACGGUCAUGUGCAACCUGAUUCUUCACUUGACUCGCAGUUGUUUGUGUUCAGUGCACGCGACGAACAGGUCUGUCUUGAGAUGAUAUCGAAUCUUCAACUUUACUUGAAGCGAAACGCCGCUACCGAAGACUCCGAGGGUCUUCUGCGCAGCAUUGCAUACUCUCUGGGCCAGCGCCGGUCUCUCUUUCCUUGGGUAACCGCUCGUUCAGUGCCGGUUCAAGACGGCGUCAGGGAAGCUAUCCGAGCUCUCAAUUUCCCGAUGCCCGUACCGCGCCGCGCCACCCGGGUGCCACGUAUUGGAAUGGUGUUCACCGGUCAGGGAGCUCAGUGGUAUGCCAUGGGCCGUGAACUAGUUGCGACCUACCCGAUAUUUGAGGCCUCGCUCAGGGAAACAGAUAGGUGCCUCAAGGCCUUAGGUGCCACUUGGUCGGUGAUUGAGGAGCUGACUCGCGAUGUGACGGAGACUCGUGUCAAUGAUGUUGAGUUCAGCACUCCUCUAUGUAUCGCUGUGCAGAUAUCUCUUGUACGACUUUUGCGAUCAUGGGGCGUCAAACCUGUGGCCGUUACCAGCCAUUCCAGUGGGGAGAUUGCUGCUGCAUAUGCUGUUGGCGCUCUCAGCUGUAAGUCCGCAAUGGCCGUGGCCUACCACCGUGCCCUUUUAGCAGCCAAUAAACGUUUUCAACUAUCGAACAAGGGUGCAAUGGUUGCGGUAGGUAUGAGCCAUCGCGAAACGAAAUCUUACCUCGCUCGACUUGAAACGCGGAGCGGCACGGCAACAGUGGCUUGUGUGAAUAGUCCUGCUAGCACUACAGUUUCCGGCGACGAUAGUGCUGUUACUGAACUCGAAGCCUUAGCGAGGAAUGACGGGAUCUAUACCCAUCGUUUGAAAAUCGAAACUGCGUUCCACUCGCAUCACAUGAGUCCUGUCGCAACCCCUUACCGCAUGGCUCUCAAAGGUCUCUUAUCGCCCGCAACAGUCAAGGACGAGGACUGUAUUGCAUUCUCGUCACCUGUCAGUGGAGGACGCGUUUAUAACCUGUCAAAGCUAUCAGAGCCAGGCUACUGGGUGGAUAGUUUGCUCCAGCCAGUUCAGUUUGUCGAUGCGUUGACUGACAUGAUCCUUAACGACUCUGAUUCCUCUGGUGCGAACGUCGACAUCAUCCUUGAAGUCGGUCCCCAUACCGCUCUUGGCGCGCCCAUCGCACAGAUACUCGCAGAACCAGAAUUUGCGGGACUGAAUCUGCCUUGCCUAGGCUGUCUCGUCAGAGGUACCAGUGCCAUCGAGAGUAUGCACUCGCUCGCAGCGAGCUUGCUUGCGGAAGGCCUUCCCCUCGAUCUAGGUGCGAUCAACUUCCCUCGUGGUCGGACUCCUAGUAUACGGGUGCUCUCAGAUCUGCCCUCAUAUCCAUGGAAUCACCAGACUCGUCAUUGGUGCGAAUCAAGGUUCAACAAAGCUCUCAGAGAGCGGUCACAGCCUCCGCAUGAUCUUCUAGGAAAUAUUGUUCUAGGCACGGACUUGCACAAUCCCAGCUGGCGCCAGAUCCUGAAACUCACGGAUACCCCGUGGGUUCGAGACCACAUUAUUCAAAACAGCAUUAUUUACCCCGGCGCGGGAUUUAUCUGCCUAGCAAUCGAGGCAAUGAGACAGCUCUCUGAGAUUCAUUCGAAGACUAGCCAUGUUGCUGCAGGUUAUCGACUGCGUGAUAUCGAUAUUUUGCAAGCUCUAGUAAUACCAGAGACUGACGACGGUGUCGAAAUCCAAACGAGCCUAAAGCGUGUAUGUGACAAGAACAUCAACACUCGCGAAUGGAAGCAAUUCGAGAUCUCCUCAGUCACAUCCGACAAUCGAUGGACGCUCCAUGCUCGCGGCCUCAUUAUGCUUGAGCCACAGAAUGCACCACAUAAGACUGCUCCAGCACCUCGCCCUGCUAGGCUCUCCGGGUAUACACGUCGCUUUGAGGGAAAUGACUUGUACAGUAGCUUGAGGGAUAUGGGUAUCAAACACCAGAAAGCAUUCCAAUGCAUUGCCGAGAUUGAACAGGCAGGCGACAACAAACGCGCUGAUAGCUUGCUGUCCGUUCCUGACACCUCUUUGCCAACCGACCUUCCUCAUCGCGUAUUGGUGCAUCCCACCACGCUAGACGCCGUUCUCCAGACCGCUUACACUCCGCUGAUUGAGAACAGCGAAGACGAAAACGGGAAAGUUCCGCGCUCCAUCGGUAGUCUGUGGAUAUCGAGUGCAAUCAGCAACGAGGCUAGACAUCGGUUCAAGGCGUAUGCCUCGCUCGGACAUAUUGAUGCACGAGGUCUGAAUGCCGACAUCAUCCUGGCGGACUACGAUGACGAAGCCGCACCUCCCGUACUUGAGAUUCGUGAUGCCGUAUAUCAGUCACUAGGACGGAACUCCACAGCUCAGUCAAGCGACGACCAAUGGACUAGACAGCCGUGUAUGAAAAUCAAGUGGGCGCCCGACAUAUCAUUGCUGUCCAGCCCGGCGCGAGAACACCUCAAGCAGCAGUUGUCACACCCUGUUAACGUUGAUGAAACUCGGAUCCUCCUAGACCUGCGUCGAGUGUGUCUGUACUUCAUCUCCGACGCCCUUGCCGCCCUGACACCAUAUGACGUUCGCCGGUUAGAAAAGCAUCAUGCCAAAUUCCACGUCUGGAUGCAGCAUCAGAUGAUGCUUGCUGCUGACGGACGCUUGGGCCCUGAGAGUCAUCGUUGGUUGGAGGACACACCAGAAGAACGCGAACAAAUGAUUUCCGAGGUCCGAAAGUCCAGUGUUAAUGGCGAGAUGGUAUGUCAAGUAGGACCGCAUCUCGCUAUUAUUCUCCGCAAGAAAAAGACGCCGCUGGAACUCAUGAUGGAAGGCAAUCUGUUGAACCGGUACUAUCGCCAUGCACUGAAAAGCGACCGGGUGCUCCCGCAAGCUGCAAACAUUCUCGAGUAUCUUGUCCACAAGAAUCCGCGAGCAAGAAUCUUGGAGAUUGGUGGCGGCACUGGCGGCUUUACCCGCUAUACAUUGCCGAAGAUCGGCACCCCCAAAACAGGAGCGCUUGCGGAGCUCUACCAUUUCACCGACAUCUCGCCUUCCUUCUUCGAGGCGGCGCGGAAUGAAUUCGCCCCGUGGUCUGAUGUUAUGCUCUUUGAUAAGCUGGACAUUGAAGUUGAUCCUGCCAGUCAAGGGUUUGGGUUAGGAAGCUAUGACAUUGUGAUCGCCGCCCAGGUACUCCAUGCGACGACAUCCAUGGCCAGAACCAUGUCCCAUGUGCGGAAGUUAAUGAAGCCCGGAGGUACUCUGCUCCUGGUUGAAACAACUCAGGAUCAACUCGACACCGAAUUUGCCUUUGGGCUACUACCUGGUUGGUGGCUUAGCGAAGAACCGCAGCGGGCCUUGAGCCCUUCUCUCACUGUACCCUUCUGGGACGAGACCCUGAGGACUGCUGGCUUUUCUGGUAUCGAUUUCCACGUUCGCGACUGCGAGAGCGACGAGUGGUACAUGAUGAAUGUCAUGACCUCAACCGCUGAUCCUCAGCCCCAACCCAUCAUGCAACCGUUGAAUUCGGUUGUUCUUGUCGUACGACAGCAGGCGCCUUGCGACCAGCUCUGGCUUAACUAUCUUCGGUCGAACCUUGCGAGUGCUGGGCAUGCUCCGUCGGUGGUCGAGCUCGAGUCUGCACCUAUGGAAGCGUUCAAGGACAAACAGGUGCUUUUCCUAGGUGAAGUCGACCAACCUCUGCUACAUGGCUUAGAUUCCGCUAGCUUGAAGCGGAUUCAGGCCAUGAUUAAACACAGUCGAGGUGUAUUGUGGGUGACUCGCGGCGGGGCGGUUGACUGUGAAAGACCCGAACUUGCGCUAGCCUCUGGACUAUUCCGCAGCAUACGACACGAAUAUGCAGGCGUCAAAUAUGUCACUCUCGACUUGGAUCCUAACACGAAGCUCUGGUCAUGCGCGACUGUGACAGCGAUUACACAAGUAUUCACGCACAGCUUCGGACCGAUCAACAGUGGUGCAGUGAACUCGACACCAUACGAGUUUGAGUAUGCCGAGCGCCAGGGCCCUGAGCGUCCCCUCGCGUUGAAGGUCGGGGUUCCAGGCCUGCUUGAUACUCUUGCUUUCGACGACGACAAAGCAGCGCCUCCUGAGGGUUCUCGGCACCCAUCUGAUCUCAUCGAGAUCGACCCUCGUGCGUAUGGUGUCAACUUUCGAGAUGUCUUAGUGGCGAUGGAUCAGCUGGAAGAGCGCAUCAUGGGCGUCGACUGUGCUGGUAUCAUCACCCGCGUUGGAAGCAGGGCAGCGGCACGCGGCUACGCGGUGGGUGAUCACGUCUUUGCUCUCCUGCCUAAUGGAGGAUACGGUAGCAGAGCACGCACUGAGUGGACAAAUGUCAUGCAUAUGCCCCCAGGUAUGAGCUUUGAGCACGCAGCUUCAGUGCCUGUACUGUUCAGCACCGUGUAUCUAUCCUUUUAUAAGGUUGCCCGUCUUCAGCGGGGCCAAACCGUUCUUAUCCACGCCGGUGCCGGUGGUACUGGUCAGACUGCCAUCCAAUUUGCGCAGCUCAUUGGGGCCGAAAUCUACACUACCGUCGGAUCUCCUGAGAAGCGAGCCCUGAUUAUGGAACGCUAUGGCAUCCCCGCCGACCAUAUCUUCUCCAGUCGCGAUGCAUCCUUUGCACCAGGAAUCUUGAAAGCCACAGGCGGGCGAGGUGUUGAUGUUGUGCUCAAUUCGCUUGCUGGGCCAUUGCUGCAAGAAAGUCUUAAUAUCGUGGCGCCCUUUGGCCACUUCGUCGAGAUUGGCAAACGCGAUUUUGAGCUGAAUAAUCACCUUGAGAUGCGCCCCUUCUCGCGCGCCAUCACAUUCUCUUCUUUCGAUCUAUUAGCCCUUGCUCGCCAUGAUGGACGACUUAUACAUUCAGCCCUCGCUGAGAUAUCCUACCUCCUAGAGAAGGGAACUAUUUCCCCUGUCCAUCCUAUUUCCACCUACCCGCUCGGUGACAUCUCCAAAGCGCUGCGGUUGCUUCAAAGUGGUAAGCACGCCGGCAAGAUCGUCCUUACUGUGAGUCCGCAGGAGAAAGUGCGUGUUCUUCCGCGGGCGCGCAUCCCUCGCCUUCGCUCAGACGCUUCUUACCUACUCGUUGGUGGAGGGGGCGGUAUAGGACAGUCAAUUGCUCACUGGCUAGUUGAUCGCGGUGCUCGCAAUCUCAUUAUUUUGUCUCGAAGCGCCGCUACUAAUCCUGCGGCUGUCGAUGUGGCCGCUCAGUUGCAGCCUACGGGUUGCCGGAUCAAGCUCGUAUCUUGCGACGCUUCUGUUGGGCCAGACCUAUCGGCAGCCCUCAGAAGCUGUGCGGACGAUUUACCGCCAAUUCGUGGAGUUGUUCAAGCGGCUAUGGUUUUGAAGGACUCGAUGUUUGAACGGAUGAGCUUUGAUGACUGGCAGGCGGCAUUGAAUCCAAAGGUCAAAGUGAGCUGGAAUUUGCACAACCAGUUCCCCCGCUCUACGGAUCUCGACUUCUUCAUUCUUCUUUCCUCCAUGUCGGGAAUCUACGGCUACACCACACAAUCAAACUAUGGUGCCGCCAAUGCCUAUGAGGAUGCCCUUGCCCACUGGCGCGUCUCUCAAGGCCUUCCAGCGGUCUCGGUCAACUUAGGUCCAGUCAAAGCAGUUGGAUUUGUUGCAGAGACCGCCGGAACCGCUGAACGGAUGACUAGAGUCGGUCAUUACCCAGUGACUGAGGGGCAGGUCUUGCGUACUUUGGAGUCCGCCGUGCUUUCUCCCUUCGACAAACAAGUUCCCAUGGGCAUCAACCAAGGGCCUGGGCCGCACUGGGACCCCAACAACUCGGCCCCGCUCGGUAGGGACGCACGAUUCCGAGCUAUGCAGUACCGCAAAAAGUCACAGCGUCAGGCAACAGGAGAAACCAACGGCACCACCACCUCCCUCGCAACACAACUCUCCGAUGCAGGGUCGAAGAAGCAGGCGGAAGGCUUUGUAGCCCAGGCCAUUGCGAAACGACUCGCCGAGAUCUUCAUGAUUCCACUUGCUCACAUUGAUGCUGCAAGACGUCUAACGGAAUAUGGCUUGGACUCGCUGGGUGCGGUCGAGCUGCGCAAUAUGUUGACGCUACAGGCGGCCGCGGAUGUUUCGAUUUUUGAUAUCAUGCAGAGCGAGUCCCUUGCUGCUCUCGCGUCUAAUGUUACGCGCAAGAGUACGCAUGUUGAUACAUCGUUGUUGGUUAUGUGA